CGCCGAAUCGUCCGACGGGAUCGACUGACGGUCCAUUUCCAAGUCAAUUCACGAUUGCGAAAAUUUCUACUCCAGCAAUGACGCGCUCUUGACGGGUCUGUAAGUGCUUCACCGCAGCGCGUAUCUAUCGAUCUGCCAUCCAAACGACAACGCCUUGAAUCAAGAGAAGCUUAGAGUCCACCUCGUUGCGGCCAUCGAAGUGCUUCAGAAAGAACAAAUGACCGACUGACACGCGUUUUGCGCAGCUUCUCUCAUUACCGCCCCCUCGAUAAAUCUCCGACCAGAUAUCAAAUCGAUCAAAGCGCAUGCGAGCGCAUUUUCUCUAGUCCAAAUAGGCGUCUGCGACGUCAACCACAGGCACCAUGUCUUUCUACAAUAACAACAACUCGACCGGAUUUGGUAGCGGAGGUGGAUUCGGCUCCAGCACGAACACCGGGUUUGGCGCCAACAACAAUGCGUCCACAAGCGGCUCCAUCUUCGGCGGUGGUAACACGGCAACAUCGGGUGGAUUUGGCUCAGCAGGAGGAGGAUUUGGUUCAACGAACAAUUCUCCUUUCGGUGCGAAGCCGUCGGGCUUCGGCGCACCAGCGGCCACUGGUGGAGGACUCUUCGGAAGUAACACCAAUACCAACACCAACACCACUGGAGGAUUCGGGAGCGGAACUGGCUUUGGAGGUACCACUACCGCGAGCUCGGGAUUCGGAAGCUCUUCAAACACUGGCGGUGGACUUUUCGGCGCCAACCGACCUGCUACCACCGGUUUUGGGUCAACCAACAACAACACUGGAGGCUCAAUCUUCGGCAGCAGCACCAACAACAACACAACCGGCUUCGGAAGCACAACCGCUCAGACGAACACCGGCUUCGGUGCAACGAACAACACCACUACAGGGUUUGGUUCCACGAGCAACAACACAACAGGCGGAUUCGGUGGAUUCGGAGCUGGUCAAGCCGCAACCACGAAUGGCACGGCAGGAACCCCUUUCCAACCUCUGACUGAAAAGGACGCCCAGGCCGGCCAGACCAUCGCCUAUCAAUCCAUCGUCUGCUUACCUCAGUACAAAGCCAAGACUUUCGAAGAGUUGCGUCUAGAAGAUUAUGCGCAGGGUCGCAAGUAUGGUAACAACAACGGUCAAGCAGGCGGCUUUGGUGCCAGCACCGGAUUCGGAGGCACGAGCGCUUUUGGUGCGAGCAACAACAACACUCAAUCGACAGGCACUGGCUUUGGUGCUACCAACAACACGGCGACCGCCAACACCGGAUUUGGCGGAUUCGGAGCCAACACUGCUAACAAUACCGCGACGAGCGGCUUUGGUAAUUCCGGGGGAUCGCUUUUUGGCCAAAACAAGCCAGCGGGAUCCGUGUUUGGCCAAUCGACCACUACACCGGCUGCUGGUGGCUUCGGUGCCACCAACACCGCGAGCACCGGCGGGUUCGGUGCAUCAGGCGGUUUCGGGGGCGGCUUCGGUGCCAGCAACAACACCGCCACCCCAAGUCUCUUCGGCAGCAAUAACAACAAUGCUGCAGCCCAACCUGCUUCAGGACUCAGCGGGUUUGGUGCGAACAACACAAACACCGGCGGCUUCGGCAACACGAACAACACUACUACAAGCUUGUUCGGCAACAACAACAAUGCCGCAGCACCCACAACUACCAGCUUGUUCGGCAACAACAACAAUAACCAGCAGCAGCAACCUGCCUCCGGAUUUGGCGCCAACACAGGAAGUAGUCUGUUUGGCAAUCAGAACAAGCCUGCAACAGGACUUUUCGGUAACACUACCAACAACACGGCCACCGCCGGCACAAGCCUGUUCGGCGCAAACACACAACAGCAGCAGCAGCAACAGGCACAACCAAAUGGUGGACUGUUCGGAGCCGGAGCCGCCACUACAGGUGGACUGUUUGGAAACAAUCAGCAACAAAACAAGCCAGCGGGGUCUUUGUUCGGCAGCAGCACUACCGCUACUGGCGGAGGCGGCUUGUUCGGCAACAAUAAUGCCCAGCCUCAACAGCAAGGCUCGAGUCUUUUCGGCAACACCAACAAUAACAAUGGCGGAUCUCUGUUCGGCCAGCAACAAAACAAGCCUGCCGGAGGUCUCUUCGGCAACACAAACAACACCGCCACUGCCAAUGGAGGUUCCUCUCUGUUUGGAAACAACCAACAACAACAGCCUAACAAUGGCAGCUCGCUAUUUGGCAACAGCAUGACGCAGUCCACUCAAAACCAACAGAACAACAGCUCCCUGUUUGGCCUCGGGCAGAGUGGCAACCAGACCCCUCAGUCGAACCAGCUCCACGCCAGUCUGACCAUCGCUCCGUACGGUAAUGAGCAGCUUUUCGGAUCGCUCGGCGCUUCGGCCACCCCUGUUGGUCCCCUCGCUACGCCUUUGACGGGAGCAAAGCCUGCUCAGUCCAAGACUCCGAGCUUGCUUUCGAGCUCCAGACUCAACUCUCCCGUUUACACCCCUCGUGGUUCCUUCAGCCGGGGUGGAACAUACUCGUAUGCCACACCUAGCUCAUCCUUCUCGAGCAGCCUCACACCUGGCGCGAGCAGCCUCUUGAAGCCCAGCGGCAGCAUCGGCAGCAAUCUUAGCAGUAGACUUGCCAAGAGCAUCAGCAUGCAGAACUUGCGGGGCGACAGCUCGACUCCCCGCGAGGGCGAGAGCUUGCUGCGCCCGGUGCCGGGAAGUGCAUCGAGCAGGUUCUUGGCGACUGGUAGCAUGCGUAAGCUCAACAUCGACAGAAGCUUGCGCAUUGACUUGUUCAGCCCUCCAUCCGAAUCCAGAUCGCACGAUUCUUCGGAUUCCUCCCUCAAGAAGAAGGUGAGCUUCGACAACUCCGCUGCAAAGGAGACUCCCGAGCCAAGCGCAUCCAAUGCUCUGGUUCGCACAGAGGACGCGGACGAGGAUCAACCCACUCCAACUUUGUUCCGUGCUACAGCCAAGCCUCGCCCGCAGACCAAUGGUGCUCCUGAAAUGCAACAGACAAAUGGUUCGGCGAGCCUCGCGCCCGUUCAAGAAGGUGUCCAGACAAGCCGGGCCAGCACCCCUCGCCACUCAAGCUCUGCUGAUAAUGCCGACGCGGUCGAGAUCGGUGAAUACUGGUCCAAGCCGUCCAUCAAGGAGUUGAAGAGCAUGUCCCGCGCUCAGCUCUCACAGGUGUCCAAGUUUGUGGUUGGAAGGGCAGGUACCGGCCGUAUCGAGUUCAGCACUUGCGACCUAACCGACACCGAGCUCGACGACAUUCCAGGACGUAUCGUCAAGCUAGAAUACCGAUCGGCGACUGUCUAUCCCACUACGAUCGUCAAGCCACCCCGCGGAAAGGGCUUGAAUGUUCCCAGUACAAUCUACCUCGAGAACGUGCUGCCGAAGAACCCUUCUAACAGAAAGGCCAUCAUGAUUGGCAAGCAGCCGAACUUGGACCGCUUUGUUCAGACGUUGAAGAGCGUGACAAACACCACGCUCAAGAGCUUCGAUGAGAAGACUGGCUUCUGGAUCUUCACUGUCGAGCAUUUCACGACCUACGGAUUCGAGGAGGAUGAUGACACCGAAGUGACAGCCAGCAAUCUGCAGCAAGAAUCCAGCCUUCUGAGCGACGUGCCUACCACGCCGUCAGGAGAGGACGAGAUGAUGCAGAGCAUCGAUGCCGGCGCAGGAUCGGCCGACCUUGACGACACAUUCGAGUUCAAGAUCCGCAGACGACCACAAGCACCUGGCCCAAGGGUUCCAGGCAAUUUCGAUGAGGAGGAUGAUGUCGAUGUCGAGUAUGAGUAUGAUGACCCACCCUCAGACGACGUCAUGGAUGAACAAGAUGGCACGAUGGCUGACGGCUUCGAUGAAGAUCCUUUUAUGGUUCAAGCCGGCGGCGCCGUGCGCCAACCAUCCCCCGGCGCGUAUGAGCGUUAUGAGCAAAGCAUGCUCGCCGAGUCUGGUCCCAUCGACGAGGCCAUCGAGGAGAUGCCUGGCUCUUUCGGCGAGACCCAGCCCAAGGGUCUUCGGUCCAUUCUGAAGCCGACUGCUGCGCCCUUGAGCGCCUUCGCGUCACCUGAGAAGCUCGUGGCCGAAUCCUGGGAAGAUCAACUUCAGCGGACUAUCAGCCCGCAGAAGCGUGAUCGUCAGAAGCUGCGUGAUGGACAGCCCGACCUUCUUGCCGGCGACGCAUUCGGACAGAGCACAUUCAAGCAAAGCUUAUUCGAGCAAAGCUAUCUAGGUCAGAAGAGCGCCCAGCGAAUGGCCUCGAAACCGAUCGACGACAUCAAACUUGGUCAUAGCCAAGCUUUCCGCAACUCGAUGGAUUUGAUCAACUCGCUGUGGGCAGACAACAGCACGAGCAAUGCAAGGACCACGGCGGCCGCCAAGGGUCUCGAGAACACAUACGCGAAGACUCGCCUGUCUGCAUCACAAAUCCUCGACGGUCCCGAAGCUGCCUUUCACGACUCCUGGAAGCCUUCUUUUGCGCACAACGGCACCUUCGUCUACGGCAUCCCCGGAUCCGCUCCGCCGAUCUCAGGCGAGAUGACGCAGGCCAUCAAGCCGUUGGUCGGCGAGCACACUGACAUCCGCUUCGCCCGCUGGCAAACCACCGUCGCCGGCGUCAGCGGCGGUGCGCUCGCCGUGCAGAAGAGCGCCACCCAGAUCGAGCUGGUGGACGACUUCCCUCGCGCGAGCAUUCUGCCCGACACGCAAUUCCAUGCUUUCCUCUCGGACGACGGUGAGGAGUCCCGCGUGGGCGCGGAAGUUUGGCGCUUGGCCUCCGUCCUGUUCGACCCCAUCGCCACCGCAUGGAAUGGCCGCGUGGCGCUCGAUGGCAUGGACGAUGGGCUCAUCGCGCGAUUCGAAGAGCGCUUGCGCCUCGACGCACUGAGGGACUACUGGACGAACAUGCUCAAGCCGGCGGUUGUGGAAAAGGCCCGGAUGGCUCGCGGCGCGGAAGAACUGGCGCUCCAUCUGCUCACGGUGAACAAUGUCGUUGGCGCCUGCGAGGCUUUGGCCGAGGCUAAGAACAUCCGCCUUGCGACCCUCGUCGCUCAACUCCCCCUGCAGGACGAAGCUCGCGACACGAUGAAGAGGCAGGUGGAGGUCUGGCGGGAGAGGAACGAUUGGGCGGAGAUGACCGAUUCGAUCCGGGCGAUCUACAGCAUUCUCGCCGGCGACUUCUGUACCGUCAAGGGCAGUGGGAAGGCCGCGGAGGAUCGUGCGGCAGAGUUCUGCAUCGCUGAGCGGUACGGCUGGGAGUGGAAGCAAAGCUUUGCCCUGCGCCUGUUCUAUGGUGGAUCCACCGCGUGUGGCGAUGCCGUAGACGCAUACCUCGUGGACUUGAGCAACGGCAAGGAAAAGGUCACCCCUCGUCCAAGCUGGGAUGUCGCCGCCAAAGCCGACAAUGCCGACCGCGAGGAUGUCCUCCUUGGCCUUCUUCGACUCCUUGCGAGCACCCGCGCCGAUCUCGAGGCUCUAUUUGACGCCAAGAAUAUCACCGGGACGUACACCGACAACCGCCUCGCCUUCCAACUGGCCGUCAUGUUCGACGUCAAAGGUUACCGCCUCAGCGAGGACAAAUUCGACCAGAUCGCGCUGGACUUCGCCACCGAUCUCGAGGCCGCCUCUCGCCACCCCAGCAAGGAAGACAGCGACGAAGACUGCCUCGUCACCGCCGCUUGGGUCCUCCUCCACCUCCGCGACCGCCACUCGCGGGAGGAAGCGCUCAACGCGCUCAUGCUGCGCAACGGCGGCGUCAUCCCGGAGCCCAACCCCGCCGACAAGACCAACCUCUUCACCCUCCUCGCCCACGACCUCUCCGUGCCCUCCCCGCUGCUCUGGCGCGCCAAAGCCCAACACGAGCACGCCCUGCGCGACCGCAACGCCGCGCUCGAAGCCCUCUGGCUGCUCCGCGCGGACCGGCUCGACGACGCCCACGCCGUGCUCGUCGAGACCGUCGGCCCGGACGCCGUCAUCGAGGAGGACUACGCCGACCUGGAAUUCCUCCUCGAGGCCUUCGGCGAGAGCCCCGCGGGCCGCAAGCCGGACGGGUGGCAACACGGCGGCGCCGUCUACGAGGCUUUCGUCAGACUCGCGCACCUCGGCAAGAAGGACCGCGAGGGCCGCAAGGGCGCCGACACCCGCGACAUCCUGGGCAAGCGGCUGGCGCUCAUGGAGGAGGACGGGGCUGCGAUCCAGCGGGGGCUGAGGGCGAAGGUGGCGCUGGCGGAGAUGAAGAGGGUGCUGCGGGAGGAGGUCCUGGGGCGGGACAUCCAUGCGAUGAACAGCGGGAGUGGGUUUGCUGCUCGCGGUGGUGGUGGUGGGUUUGAGGGCCGGGCGGAGAGCGGGCAGAGCGUUUUCCGGAUGUAUUCUGCUGCUCUUGGGGUUGUGGUUUGAAUUCAGCCCUGUUUGAAUAGUGGGGCUGUGUGCUCUGUUUGUAUCAUUAAGACUUUGUGCUUCAUCUUUCCCGUUCUGCUCUGGUCGUCCGUGCUCUUUUCUCUCUUCCAUGAUGGGUUUUCUUUCGCCGCAGAAUGAGAGCCGUGAUUCUCAUCUUGGUCCUCUGUCAUUCUAUUCUGGUCUUCUCUGCGAUAUCUCUGUUCCGGCUAUUUCUUCUCCCUGCCGCUUCUCAAGUCGGAGAAUUUCUCACGUUUGCUCGCAAGUUGGGGUAUCUACCGAGAAGGCUGUGAUGAUGAUAUCUGUUGGAUGAGGAUCCGUUUCAAACCCAAGGCCUCUGUGAGCUUUGGAUCUCCCGUGAAGAGGGAAGAGGGCGCGUUCAAAUUCACGAGCCAUCGACCGAAAGCGUACAGAUCGUCUCCGGCGUGCGCAGCGCCGCAUCCUCCUCAUUCGUAUAC